CUCUGCUCUGAGAAAUUUUGCACUUAAAAGGAAAAAAAAAUUAUGAGAGGAUUUAUCCAAGGUGUGUUGCUAUAUUUGAUCUGCCUGGGUUCAACUCAAGCUGGGAAGCUGUUAGUGAUCCCAGCAGAUGGCAGCCACUGGAUGGGAAUGAAGCCUCUGGUGGAGGAACUGGGACGCAGGGGGCACGAAGUGGUAGUGGUGAUUCCUGAAGAGAGUCUUAGUAUGGGUCCCUCCGAGCACACCACCACUCUAACCUUCCCGGUGCCCUUCACUAAAGCUCAACUACAGGAGGAUUUAAAUGUCGCUCUGCAACGUAUGAUGCUAUCUGACUUGUCAACCGAUUUGGCAAAAUUCCAGAACUUCCUGUCCUCCCUGAAAUUCCUGAGUAAAUUCACCAUGAUGACUGAAACUUUGUUACACAAUAAGGAGCUUCUGCAGAAGCUUAAAGACUGGGACUUCGAUGCAUUGAUCACAGAUCCUUUCCAGCCCGUGGGGGUCAUCGUUGGAGAAUAUCUGUCCAUCCCCAGCAUCUAUGUCCAGGCCAACAUGCCUUGUGGUGCUGAGUACCUUGCCACCAACUGUCCCACUCCCAGCUCAUAUGUACCACAGCGUGACACACACUAUAAUGACCACAUGACUUUCUGGCAGAGGAGUAUAAACUUCUUUAGGACCAUGGUCCAGCCUCUUGCCUGUGCCACUUUGUAUGAGUAUGCAGAUGUGGUAGCCACACGCUUUCUGCAGAGGGAGGCAUCAGUGGUAGAGAUCAUGAGUCGUGCAGCCCUGUGGUUGAAUCGUGUCGACUUUACCUUCGAGUACCCUCAUCCUCAGAUGCCCAACAUGAUCAUGAUUGGAGGGUUUGACCACAGGACACCAAAACCACUUCCAGCGGUAAGUUUCUAA